GCUUAAGUAAUACCCCGCAAAGCCCCUAAAAUGUUGGAACUAGCACCUAAAUUCUCUCGGUUUAAAAAGUUCAAUCAUUAUUCAAUUCUACUCAUUCAUGGCCCAAUUCCAUAAUGUUGAAUGAUGCAUGACCCAAAAUCGCAAGAAUUACAAAACAAUGCUUUCAUACUUCAGAUAUACAACAUUUUACUCACUUGAUAGGCGAAAUGUUACAGACAUGGAGCUGGAAGUUCUAGGCGAUAUGAUCGGCCAAACAGUGAUUUGAAGAUCCACUGCUGUGCUGCUACUGCAGCUCGACUUGCCCCUCGACGUCAUUCAACAUGAUUUUUUUGGGCUGGAGCUUUCUUCUCCUCAUCUGGGGAAGCACUACUGGGGCAACAAUUACAUAUGGGAAGUCGCAAGUUGGAAUAGAUAACAAGUAGCGCAAUUGGUUCUUCUCAAUUGAGUUUUUUUCUUUUCUUUUAUUCUCUUUUAUUCCUUAUCAGAAUAAAUAGAAUCACAACAAUUUAAUUUACUCACGAGAAACGAGUGCGACUUUGUUCUAACCUAUCAAGCAUAGCUCCCUUGAUAGCUUGUUUAGCGGGGAGCUCUAGAUCGACCUAAACUCCCCCAGUAAUUUCAGUCCCGCGCGUCAAGAGCUUCCCAGCUUGAGCUCUACAAUACCAACCAUUUCCCCCUUUUACCUGACUCUUUUUCCCUCAAGCUACAAGCAAGCAACAGUCCGCCAAAAUGACUGCUGUAGCUGAUAAUUCUGCGAAUACUCUCGGCUCCGGCGCCGCUGCGGGGAUCCCAAAUGAUGGCACUGGUGUCGUACAGUUAGAUCCUUGGUUAUCGCCUUUCCAGGACUCACUAAAGCGAAGAUAUGCGAAAGCUCAAGAGUGGAUUAAGAAUAUCGAUGAUACCGAGGGUGGCCUUGAGAAGUUCUCAAAAGGUACCGAGAUCUACGGCCUGAACGUUGAUAAAGAAAACAACAUUAUAUAUCGAGAAUGGGCACCCAACGGCACCGAGGCGUUCUUGAUUGGGGAUUUUAAUGAGUGGAAUAGGGGUUCUCAUCCCAUGAAAAAGAAUGAAUUUGGAGUUUGGGAAAUCGUCGUGCCUGCGAAGGAUGGCCAACCGGCCAUCCCUCACAAGUCCAAAAUCAAGAUCUCCAUGACAAUUCCUUCCGGCGAGCGAAUUGACCGUCUACCAGCUUGGAUUAAAUAUGUCACACAAGACCUCUCUGUGUCUCCCGCCUACGAUGCACGUUUUUGGAACCCACCCGAGUCCGAAAAGUACACCUUCAAAAACCAAAGGCCAAAAAAGCCAUUGAGUGCUCGCGUCUAUGAAGCGCACGUGGGUAUCUCCUCGCCCGAAUUGCGAGUCACAACAUUUAAGGAGUUCACCAAGAGCAUGUUGCCAAGAAUAAAGAACUUAGGCUAUAACGUCAUCCAACUCAUGGCCGUUAUGGAACAUGCCUACUAUGCCAGUUUCGGCUACCAAGUGAACAACUUCUUUGCCGCGAGCAGCCGAUACGGUACUCCGGAGGAUCUCAAGGAGUUGAUUGAUACCGCACAUGGCUUAGGAUUGGUUGUUCUGCUCGAUGUCGUCCACAGCCAUGCUUCUAAGAAUGUGCUUGACGGCCUAAACGAAUUUGACGGCUCCGAUCACCUUUACUUCCAUGGUGGUGCAAAGGGCAGACAUGAACUAUGGGACUCUAGACUAUUCAACUAUGGAAGUCAUGAAGUACUACGAUUCUUGCUUAGCAAUUUGAGAUUUUGGAUGGAUGAAUACCAGUUUGAUGGUUUCCGCUUUGAUGGAGUUACCAGCAUGCUCUAUCUCCACCACGGAAUUGGAACGGGUUUCUCUGGAGGAUACCACGAAUAUUUCGGUUCCGAGGUCGAUGAGGAGGCAGUGGUUUAUCUAAUGAUCGCGAAUGAGAUGCUUCACGACCUUUAUCCCGAAUCAAUUACAGUCGCAGAAGAUGUCUCCGGUAUGCCAGCACUCUGCUUACCAUUGUCACUUGGCGGAGUUGGCUUCGACUACCGAUUAGCGAUGGCUAUCCCAGAUAUGUGGAUCAAGAUUCUCAAAGAGAAGAAAGAUGAGGAAUGGGAUAUUUCUAACAUCUGCUGGACUCUCACCAACAGGCGACAUGGCGAGAAGACAAUCGCAUAUUGCGAGAGUCAUGACCAAGCUCUUGUGGGUGAUAAAACCCUGCUCAUGCACCUCUGCGACGCCGAACUUUACACCAACAUGUCGGUCCUCUCGCCUCUAACUCCGGUAAUCUCGCGGGGUAUGGCACUCCACAAGAUGAUCCGACUACUAACACACGGCCUCGGUGGUGAGGGUUACCUCAACUUUGAAGGUAAUGAGUUCGGCCAUCCCGAGUGGCUCGACUUCCCACGUGAGGGCAACCAGAACUCAUUCUGGUACGCGCGGCGUCAGCUCAACCUCACUGAUGACCACCUUCUACGCUACAAGGAUCUCAAUGAAUUUGACCGCCAAAUGAACCUUACAGAGAACCAUUACGGUUGGUUGCAUGCGCCUCAGGCAUACAUUAGCCUCAAGAAUGAGAGCGACAAAGUAAUUGUAUUCGAGCGCGCCGGCUGUGUUUUCAUCUUCAAUUUCCACCCAACCGAGAGCUUCGCCGAUUAUCGCAUCGGUGUAGACGUUGCGGGCACCUACAAGAUCGUACUCGACACAGACACCAAGGAAGUUGGUGGCUUUGGUCGCAACGAUUCGAAUGCGCGCUUCUUUACUACUCCAAUGGAGUGGAACGGUCGCAAGAACUGGACGCACGUGUAUAUCCCCAGCCGUACUGCUCUGAUUCUGGCACUUGAAAGUUCUUGAACAGAUCAUAGUGGAAUCAUAGGCAGCAGACAAUAAGUCUAAAUGUCGAUGAAAGCAAAAUUUUUUCAUACAAUCUUACUAUAUGAUCUAUAGGUGGAUUUUGAGCGAUGUAGCGAGUUUAGCUAGAUGAGAUGUGAGAUGCGUUAUGUGGGUGUCACGGCAACAUAUUUGGAGGACGAUUCUCUUAUUCGAACAAUUUUGUCGGUGCACCAUGGGCCAUAGAUAAAUUAACA